AUGUCUCAUCCACACCCUCCUCCAGACGACCGCCACCACGUCCGGUCUCCACUCCCCCCAACGGCCAUCCUCGCUCCAGCCUUUUUCCCCACUUCCAUCCAGGCCCAGCCCUUUUACUCCAACACAUCCCCGCCUCAAAGGCUUCGCGUGCCUGUCAUGCCGUCUGAUUCUUCGGUCCUCCUGCAGGCUGCCCAAGUCAUUGCCGAAAUGUCAACACAGACAGCAGUCGGAAGCAGUUGGAAGAGUCAAAGCCAACGUGGCCGUCGCCGCCGCAAGCUCACCAAGGACCGCUCCCAGAUCCUAAUCAUUGGGCCGUUCAAGUCCCAGGUUCUCGAUCUCUCGUCAAGCAGCGGCUCGAGUGCCACAUCCACACCCCAAGAGGCGGUGGGAAGGCCCUCUUCAACCAUUCCUUCCCUGCGUCAAACACCAAGCCUUAUCGGUGGUCACAUCCACUCUUUAACCGAUGCACCUCCGACACCGCCUACAGACUGGGUCGCCUACUCUGCUCCCAUGUCAGAGUUUAGCGAACUCGAUGACAUGUUUGUCGACUCGAGCUUUGAAAGCACCGACUUGACCUUUGAGCUUCCCCGCCGCAAAAGUGAAACGGACCUUCCCAAGAUUCAAGAGCCUCUUCCUAAGAAAGACAUUCUCGUUGACGACAGCCCUGUGUCACCUCCAGUGGACAAGGGUCUCCUUUGGACUCGGUCGCUCCUCCAGAGGCUUCACACUCGCAACUCUCCACCUCGCCGUCUAGCUCCUCACUCUGCGCCCAACAGAAUUCCACUGCACAAGAGGCCCAAGCUUAUCCCCAUCCCUAUUCCCUUCUCUCAAGAAAGCACCCCAGCCAGCUCGUCACUCGGCACCAGCAUUCGCACUGUGCCUUCCUCCAGCAGUCGCACUGUUCCUUCCUCAAGCAUCCGCACGGCUCCUGCGUCCAGCACUCGCUCAAUUCCCUUUGCUAGUACUCGCACUGUUGCCUCUGCUGCACCUCGCACUGUUAUCCCUACCACACCUCGCUCAACAGGUUCCGCACUCGUCAAGGAUGAGAGCAACAGCUCCUCUCCGACACGCCUCGGCGAGCAGGCUCUCGCCGAGGCGGACCUCUUCAAUGACACCAUGUUCGUCUGCGUCGCUUGUGACGGACGAGUCUCACGCGUCUUCAAUGUCAAUCCAUGUGAAGACCUCGUGUGUCCGACCUGCUUCUCCUCGGCUUUAUCCGCCGUCUCUGUCACCCAAGGUGCAGCCAAGUGCCCUGCCUGCAUGGAGCCAGUCACCACGUUUGAGACGUACAAACCAGUCAGCUACAUCGCCGUCCGUGGACCAAACUCUCGCAAGGCGAACAACUUGCUGCCCGUGCCAGAGCCAUGGACGUACGAGACCAGCAGCGACACCAUCGUGAUGAGGAUUGACAAUGUCGCUUGGGAUGUUGAGCCAUUGGUUGUCGAGAGGUUCCUUCCUCCCAAUGUUUUGCCUACCAGGCAGAACAUGUUCAUGCCUGGUGGACGCGUCACUGCCGGUCGCAAACGUGCCGUGACCAUUACGCAGGUGACGCAUGUUGAGCUUAACAACGAGCUCCGCCCGGGAUCCAAGGCCGAACUUGCGUCCCUUCUCGAACUGUGCGAGGCCGCCCUCACUAUGCCGCCGCCCCAGCUCCGUCUCGAUUCCACAGGCCGAGGUCGCCUACACGCGUCUGUCGGAUCCAACGGCAAGGCCCACUACAUCAAGCACCGUCAUGCCCCAUUCCAUGCUAUAAUCUCAAUCAUGCUCAAGCUGGCCGGCCCCGACUCGCCCGCAUACUGGGACAUUUACCACGUGACUUCUGGUGCCAUCGCCGCCCUUGGCUCGUACCUCCAGACCAACAAGCCCGGCCGCAACUACAGCUACAUCGCCGCCGACCGAGCUCUACUCCACCGUCUGAAGGAGAUUAACAAGCAGUGUUUUGGAAAUGCCCUUGAGGCAUAG